AUGGCCAAGGGACUCUUGGUGACCUAUGCCCUCUGGGCUGUUGGGGGCCCCGCUGGGCUCCACCACCUGUACCUGGGCCGUGACAGCCAUGCUUUACUCUGGAUGCUCACUCUGGGCGGUGGCGGGCUAGGCUGGCUCUGGGAGUUCUGGAAGCUCCCAAGCUUCGUAGCUCAGGCCAACAGAGCCCGGGGUCAGAGGCAGAACCCACGGGGACAGACACCCCCUCUGAGUCUCAUUCGCUUUGCUGGCCAGGUGAUAGUAGGUAUCUAUUUUGGUCUUGCGGCUCUGAUUGGCCUUUCUUUCAUGGCCAACUUCUAUUUCGUGGGCCUCCCACUGGCAAUUGGCUUAGGGGUUUUGCUGGUGGCUGCUAUUGGCAACCAGACCUCAGACAUUAAGAACACAUUGGUGGCAGCAUUUCUUACUUCCCCUCUCUUCUAUGGUCGCCCCAUAGCCAUUCUGCCCAUCAGCCUGGCUGCCAGCAUUACAGCUCAGAAGCAUCGCCGCUAUAAAGUUUCAGUAGCAGGAUCAGAGACUCUUAGUGUCCGGCUUUACCGGCUGGGCUUGGCUUACCUGGCUUUCACAGGCCCAAUAGCCUACAGUGCCUUCUACAACACAGCUGCCACUCUCAGUUAUGUGACAGAGAUCUUGGGCUCCUUCUUGGGUUGGUUCAGCUUCUUUCCCCUUCUUGGUCGCCUUAUGGAGUCUGUCCUCCUUCUGCCUUACCGGAUCUGGCGGUUACUGGUGGGAGAGCUUGAUUUCAGCAGCAGCUACUUUCAGGAAUGGGAGAAGCUCUAUGAGUUUGUUAGCAGUUUUCAGGAUGAAAAGCGGCAGCUGGCUUUUCAGGUUUUGGGUCUCUCUGAGGGAGCAACAAAUGAAGAAAUACAUCGGAGUUACCGGGAGCUAGUGAAGACCUGGCACCCUGAUCAUAACCGCCACCAGACAGAGGAGGCGCAGAGACACUUUCUAGAGAUUCAGGCUGCAUAUGAAACCCUAAGUCAACCCCGGAGGCCCAGGGGAUCCUGA